GAGGCAUAACAAAAGCACAGAGAAUUAAAACACAUCACAGACAAUUUCAGCCAAGUAAUUGUUAAUCCAGAAGGGGAUAAAAUUUUUGGCGCUAAAUAACCAAGAUGGAACAGAAGAAUCGGAUAUUUAUCCUCUGCGAGACCAUAUCAUGAAAUUACUAAACGAUAGAUUAGAUGCAUCACUAAUGAUACGCCCUGCAUGGCUUAUGUUAAAUAUUAUUCUACGAACGGAAUAUAAAAUUGCUUCUCUUAAUGACUGCUUGGAAAUUGACAAAAAACUUGAAAUGGACGAAGAGGAGGUUAAGUUAGCACUAUAUUACCUCCAUCACGUUGUAGGGGCUCUUCUGUACUACCCUGAGAUAAAUGACAAAGACAGUUGGUUUAAAGGGAAGGUCUUUUGCUCACCUCAAGUGGUUUUCGAUAGUAUUGGCCAGAUAAUUGUUGUGUCAUUACAAGUACUUCACUCUGACUCACCAGUUCGUGAAUGCUUUAGAAAGGACUGGAUUGAGAGGGGUCUCUUUUCAAUAGAAGCAAUCAAUGAAAUUUUAAAUGAAAGUGACAGCCAAGGGAUUAUUCCGUGUGAUAAAUUAAUACAAUUGUUGGAGCAUGUUAAUUUGAUCUCGAAAAUACACAUUGAAAACCCUCUACCUGGCAGUCCUUCUGUCCUUCUUUUCAUGCCAGCUAUGCUUGACUGUGUGGAAAUCAAACAAGCACCACAACCAAACACAAACAAUCCCGCCAGCUCCCAUAUUGAUUCAAUUCGAGUUAGGAUAUGUUCCAACUGGAGUAUUCUGUGGGCUAAUAACUAAAAUCACAACAGAAGGCAAAGUAAAAAUACUUGGAGAAAGUUGGAAACUCAAAAAUGAUCAAGUCAAACGUAACAAAGUGUCCUUUCUUCUUGGUGGAUUGCAUGUUAUAACAUUAAUUUCCCACAGCACAUGCUAUGAAAUACGAAUCGAACGAAAGGGAACUUCUAUUUCUCUUGUUAACCUCUGCUCACAGGUUUUAUCAUCGAUUCUCUUCAUUCUAAAAGAUUUAUACGAGCGAUUAGAUCCAAUUAAUUAUUGUGUUUCAUUGUCCAUGUGACAAAGUGGUACCUGGAGCAGCUCUCAAUCACAUCUGCACAGUAGGAGAAGUGGCCAUUUGCACGUCCGAAGAACAAGGAGGACCUUGUGAGGUUGAAUUACGAAAGGAACACCAAGUAUGGAUUGGAGAGGACGUCAAAAUUGGUGAACAAAUUUAUUUAAAAGCCAUGAAAUCUUCGGAAGGCUUAUCUGUGCAGUGGUCUAGAGAAGACGAAUGCAUCCAUACACCCAAACCACACAUCCUUCAAAUUGAUUCGGUGACCGGCAGCCACUUUGGUGUGUACAAGUGUGAAGUGAGAAAAGAAGGAGAGCUCAAGUUCACUAUGUACAAACAUCUCUUUAAGAAGGAAUCUCAUGAUCAAGCCAUGAAUAUGGCAGCAGCAGCAGAUACCAGUCCACUUCGAAUAGGUGGAGCAAUUGGUAUAGAGAAUAUAAAGAGGAGGUGUAGAGUCAGCGAUUACCAACUCGACACAGAAAUCCCAACAAAAGACCUCCAUAUCCUGGCCGGAUGUUUCGAUAACUACGAAGAUUUCCUUGAUAUGCUGCUUCUAAGUCCGUCUGAAUGUAAAGACAUGAAGGUAAAGGAGUAUCUCAGUCUGCAAUGAGAGAGGCUCUAAGACUUUGGCAUACACGCAACCCUCGUGCUGCAACAUUCCGAGUACUUUUGGAAAUAACUCUGAAAUUGAAGAAGGAAAUAGUCGCUGACAAUAUUUGCCAUUACAUUCGUGAGAAUAUUCCAUCUCAGAAGCUCUUAAAUAUGAAGAACACUUAUAGAAGCAAAGACAAUUAGUCAUCAGAGACAAUAUUUAUUUGCGAUAAUUAUAGAGAAUAAUUAUAGGUAUGGCAUUUUCAGUCGUUUCUGUUGGUCACAGCUUCAACAAAUCGUAUAUAAGAUA